CAAAAGUAAAAUUUCCCCCAAACACAAACAAAUAAGCACACACCCAAGCAAGUAAACUACCGAGAACCGACCUCUUACCAAACAAAAUCCCUUUUCUUAUCUCAAAGACUCAAACCCACCUCGUCUUUCACUCGUUGUCUCACACUAAUCACACUUAAUGAGAGAGAGAACAUUUUAGAGAGAGAGAGAGAGAGAGAGAGAGAGAGAGAGAAGGGUUGUGGUCCACAUCUCUCACUCCUCUGCUUUCUUUCUUUUUUUUCACCAUGUGUGUUCACCUUCUUUUAUUCGUCAUUGCUUACCUCCUUCCACGGUCUCAUACAAAACCCACCAAGAAAUGGAACCAAACCCGUUGCCGGUUAUGAAGUUGGCGGUGGAUGAUGAUGAUGAUGAUAGCGGGGGAGAAGAAAAAGGAGAGAUUUAUGGUGGCGGCGAAUUCGGGUACAAGAAGAAGAAGAAAUUGGUGUUUGCUGGUGGGUCGGGGAAAAAGGAGUCUGGUGGUGGUGGCGGCGGAGGAGGAGGAGGGGUGUCGCCGCCGUGGUGCCAGGCGGAGAAGUGCGCCGCUGAUCUGGUGGCGGCGAAGAGGUACCACCGGCGCCACAAGGUGUGUGAGUCGCAUGCCAAAGCGUCGGCGGUCGUCGUCGCAGGAGUCCGGCAGCGGUUCUGCCAGCAAUGCAGCAGGUUUCACGUGUUAUCUGAGUUCGAUGACACAAAAAGAAGUUGCAGAAAGCGUUUGGCUGGGCACAACGAGCGACGCAGAAAGAGCUCAUCUGAAUCCAAUGGAGAAGGAUCCAGCCACCAGAGGUCAACCCUUCAGUUGAACGAAAAUCAACCAGGGCAAGCUGCCGGUAGGGGCAGAACUUUGAUAACUCUUCCCGGAGAUCCCGCCUACAAGCAGUUCCACGUCCGUUGAGAUUUCCAUGCUUACUCUCUUCUGUCAUUCCAUAGCAUCUCAUGCUGUGCCUGCUGUACUGUCUAUGCUCUUUCAUUGUUGGAACUGUGUCCAAAUUCCUCUACUUUAUGUUGUUAAGACCCUUGGAAUUACUAAUAUCUUGUAUAAAUGCAUGUAGUUCCAGCUAUAUUGUACUUGCCCAGAAGUAUAUGAAUCUCUAUUAAGUUACUCAA